GCGCUCCGCCCCUCUCCGGGCAGUGCGGGCGGUGAGGCGGCGGCGGACAAGAUGGCGGCGCCGUUGGGGCUCCGUGCGCUGCGGCGGCUGUGCGGGGCCGCGCUCUUCGUGUCGCAGCUCUACGUCCUGUCCGGCCGCGCAGGAUCUCUGAUGGCCACAAAGCAUUCACAGCCACAGUCUACAUUGGCAAAAAGCCUGACAUCCACGAGCACAAAUGCUCCCUACUUCAGGGCAGCAGAAAGUACAGAAAUUCCAGCGUAUGUGACUAAAUGUCCAAGCAAUGGGCUUUGCAGUAGGUUGCCGCCAGACUGCAUGAUAUGUAACACGAAUUAUUCCUGCGUAUAUGGGAAGCCGGCCACUUUUGAUUGCAGAGUCAAACCACAUGUUCAUUGUGUUGAUCAGAACAACCAGGAGCAGGAAAACUUUACAGUUAACAUGACGUGCCAGUUUUGCUGGCAGCUUCCAACAACUGACUACGUGUGCACCAAUUCUACCAGCUGCAUGACGGUCUCUUGCCCACGGCAGCGAUACAAUGCCAGCUGCACCGUGCGGGAUCACAUCCACUGUCUGGGUAACAGAGUCUUUCCAAAGAUGCUCUAUUGCAACUGGACUGGAGGCUAUAAGUGGUCUACUGCCCUGGCACUAAGCAUCACCCUGGGUGGAUUCGGAGCAGAUCGUUUCUAUUUGGGCCAGUGGCGGGAAGGUCUGGGAAAACUCUUCAGCUUUGGUGGACUUGGAAUCUGGACACUGAUUGACGUGCUGCUCAUUGGUGUGGGCUAUGUGGGACCUGCCGAUGGCUCUCUUUAUAUUUAAACGUAGUUUCAGAGAGGGGAGUCAUUGCUUGGAAAGGGCUCCCCAUAGAAUUACAUAGGAGUCUGAGCCCUUAAGAUAGAAUAAAGAACAGUUGUUCUUUCUGUGUGGAUACAUUUUAAUGUACAGUAUCUGUACUUAGUUUGCCUUUAAAUAAGGUAAAAUAAAGGGGUGGAUCACUAAGUUGAAAUUAAUUUCCCUUCAUUUAUGGAUGUGCUGUUUUUCCAAGAAAGGUUGAUGGCCAAAA